CACGUGCAGUCAGUAGUGCUGACCAAGAGGAAGGACAAUACUGUCCUGACAGAAAUUACUAUUCAUAAAAUAUUCCGAAUCCAGUUCAAGUCUCUGUAUUUGCAUCACGCCAUCACACACAUUAGUAUCACAGAAAAUUUUGUGCCACCCCUUCAUACACUAUACAAACAUUAAAUUAAAAAUAACCAAAUAACCAAGUGAAAAGUAGUAAAACCUUUAACAAGGAAAACAACAGUAAGCCUUGAAAACCAUAUCCAAACUCCAAAGGAUUAAAGAGUUAAGACCAAUCCAGAAUAGUAAAAUAGCCUCCACCAAUUAAUCCCUCUUCCAUUUUCAAUGUCAUCACCCAUAGAUUCUUUUAUUUUCUAUUUUUUUUUUUCAAAACCCUUUUCGAUUUUCCUGUGAUUAUGUUGUAGAUACAAAUAUAUGCUAGAGCACAUGCAUGGAAAUUUAUCCAUUGAUCAAACAAAGUUUUGAUUUUUAGAGAAUUUGUAGAUUUUUUUUUUCCCCCGAUUGGAGUAGCAGUUGUAUUGUUAAUUAUGCUGGGUUUUGCUUAAUAUGUUCUUGAGACAGACUAUAUAGAUCUGGUUUUUAUGUAGAACAAUAGAGAUUAUUGAAUUAUGUAAGUUUUUUGUUUGUUUUCAUUUUUUCCUUUCCUAGCAUCCAAAUUGUCUGGUGUAUUAUUGUUGGUGAGUUAUUUUGUCCUUUUUUUCUUUUUUUUUUUUUGGUUUUUUAAAUUUAUUUUUACCUUUUGUCCUCUCUAGUGUUUGGUACUGGAUAAUACCACCGCCUGAUUUCAACUGUAUCUGAACACACUCCCGGGAUUUCUUGCUUUCCUAAUUUAUUAAAAAUUUAUGAAAUUCAUGUUUUGUGCCCAUAAAAUCAGAAAAUCAGUAGACCAGACUAGAGCAAGUUUAUACUGAGGCCUACCCAAAAAAAAGGAAAAAAAAAUCUGUACUGCCUACCAAGUGUUUGAACAAUUGCUUGAGCUGAAUUAAAAGAAAAAAAAAAGGACGAACAAAGAAAAAUUCAGAGUGUGAAUUUUGUGGGAGAUGGCAAUGGCUAGUUACAAGGACGGCGGCGUGGAUGGCAAAUACGUGAGGUACACGCCAGAGCAAGUGGAGGCGCUCGAGCGGGUGUAUCACGAGUGCCCAAAACCGAGCUCUAUGCGCCGUCAGCAGCUCAUCCGUGAGUGCCCCAUUUUGUCCAACAUCGAGCCAAAGCAGAUCAAGGUCUGGUUCCAGAACAGAAGAUGCAGAGAGAAGCAAAGGAAAGAGGCAUCAAGGCUUCAAGGUGUAAAUAGGAAGCUAUCAGCCAUGAAUAAGCUGUUGAUGGAGGAGAAUGAUAGACUACAAAAGCAAGUCUCACACUUAGUUUUUGAAAGCAGACAAUUUCGUCAACAAGAUCCAAACAAAGCACUAGCUACAAAAGACACAAGCUGUGAAUCAGUGGUGACGAGUGGUCAACAACAACAACACAUGAGGCCAAGGGAUGCAAGUCCUGCAGGCCUUUUGUCCAUUGCAGAGGAGACUUUAACAGAGUUUCUUUCAAAGGCCACUGGGACUGCGGUUGAGUGGGUCCAGAUGCCUGGAAUGAAGCCUGGUCCGGAUUCCAUUGGAAUCAUAGCAAUUUCUCACAGCUGCACCGGAGUGGCAGCAAGAGCUUGUGGUCUGGUUGGUCUUGAGCCGACGAGGGUUGCAGAAAUCCUCAAGGAUCGGACUUCAUGGUUCCGUGACUGCCGAGCCGUGGAUGUUGUCAAUGUGCUGCCAACUGCCGAUGGUGGAACCAUAGAACUCUUAUACAUGCAGUUCUAUGCGCCAACGACACUGGCCCCUGGUCGUGACUUUUGGCUGUUGCGCUAUACCUCCGUCACGGAAGAUGGUAGUUUAGUGGUUUGUGAAAGAUCUCUUAAUAAUACGCAAAAUGGUCCAAGCAUGCCACCUGUGCAGAACUUUGUGAGGGCUGAGAUUUUACCUAGUGGUUACUUAAUUAGACCUUGUGAUGGGGGAGGGUCAAUUAUCCACAUUGUCGAUCACAUGAAUUUGGAGGCAUGGAGUGUUCCUGAAGUGCUGCGGCCACUCUACGAGUCUUCAACAAUGUUUGCACAAAAGGCCACGAUGGCGGCCCUUCGACAACUUAAGCAUAUAGCUCAGGACAUUUCACAGUCUAACGUAGGCAAUUGGGGCCGAAGGCCGGCAGCUUUGCGGGCACUCGGCCACCGACUGAGCAGGUUAGGUUAUUAUACUCUCCUCAUGAGUCAGGGAUUUAAUGACGCUCUUAAUGGGUUUAACGAUGAGGGUUGGUCGUCGAUAGGCAGUGAUGGCGUGGAUGAUGUGUCAAUUCUUGUAAACCCGAAUCCCGAAAAAUUGGUGGAAUUUAACAUCUUCUUUGGAAAUGGUUAUACCUCCAUUUGCAAUUCCGUGUUGUGUGCCAAAGCAUCUAUGCUCUUACAGAAUGUUCCUCCACCGAUACUUUUACAAUUUUUGAGGGAACACAGAUCUGAAUGGGCAGACAACAUUGAUCCUUACUCUGCCGCUGCUGUUAAAAUUGGCCCGUGCAGUUAUUUAGGGACUCGAAUUGGUAACUUUGGGGGUCAAGUUCUUCUCGAAGUAAUUAAGCUGGAAGGCAUUGGCAAUUCACCUGAAGAUGUAAUGAUGCCAAGGGACAUAUUCCUCUUGCAGUUAAGUGGUGGAAUGGACGAAAAUGCAGUGGGUACAAGUGCUGAACUCAUAUUUGCUCCGAUUGACUCCUCGUUUUCCGAGGAUGCUCCUCUUUUGCCCUCUGGUUUUCGCAUUAUUCCUCUCAAUUCUGACAAAGAAGCCCCGAGUCCAAAUCUCACGUUGGACCUUGCAGCAGCACUUGAAACUGGGACAGCUGGCAAUAAAACACCCGAAAAUAGCAGCUCCACCACAAGGUCUGUCAUGACUAUUGCCUUUCAGUUCGCAUACGAAAGCCACAUGCAAGAUAACGUUGUCCAAAUGGCCCGGCAAUAUGUGAGGGGCAUUAUAUCAUCUGUACAAAGAGUGGCAUUGGCUUUAUCUUCGACUCGCUUAGGUCAUCAUGCCAGUCUUCGGGCCUCGCUUGGGACUCCUGAGGCACAAACUUUUUCCCGUUGGAUUUGCCAAAGUUACAAGAGCUUUAUGGGGGCUGAGCUUCUCAAGUACGACGGUGAAAGGACUGAAUCAUCCAUCCUUAAAGCUUUAUGGCAUCAUUCGGAUGCUGUUUUAUGCUGCUCCCUGAAGGAAGUGCCAGUUUUUACGUUUGCGAAUCAGGCUGGACUCGACAUGCUUGAGACAACAUUAGUUGCACUUCAGGACAUAUCUCUCGAAAAAAUAUUUGACGAUAAUGGGAGGAAAAAUCUGAGCUCGGAGCUUCCUCAAAUAAUGCAUCAGGGUUUUGGAUCACUUCACGCUGGUGUUUGUUUGUCGAGCAUGAGCCGACCCAUCUCGUAUGAGAGAGCAGUAGCAUGGAAAGUUUUGAAUGACGACGAUAGCACUCAUUGCUUGUGCUUUAUGUUUGUCAAUUGGUCGUUUGUUUAAGUAUACUUUUUUAACUGUUGAUAAUCAUAUCAGAGACUGAAAUUGUUUAAUGGAUUGGAAAUGGUUUCUGUUUGUUUGUUUAUGCACAGAAGGUUUCUGCUGGGAAUGUUUGUGUUUUAAUUAAAUUGAUCAAAAAUUGUAUGCCAACCAUAGAAUCAAUGUACGGUAAGAGGCAAAAAUAGUUGUUGGCUGGUUGUACGUUGAGGCAAAAAUAGUUGUUGGCUGGUUGUACGUU